AUGGCGAACGCUGGAGCGGGGCGGAUGAGCGAUCACGAACGUUGGAAACCGACUGACAAGGUUACCUAUAAUGCCUUAUUGGAUGUUUAUGGCAAGUCCAGACGCCCCAAAGAGGUUAUGCAGGUCCUCAGAGAGAUGGAAGCCAAUGCCUUUUCUCCCACCGUUGUUACUUACAAUUCCCUGAUAUCUGCUUGUGCUAAAGGUGGUUUGUUGGAGGAGGCACUCCAGCUUAAAACCCAAAUGCUGGACAAGGGGAUUCAGCCUGACGUCUUUACAUACACCACCCUUUUGUCCGGAUUUGAGAAGGCCGGAAAAGACGAGCUUGCCAUCCAAAUUUUUGAAGAGAUGGGAUCCGUGGGAUGCAAGCCUAAUAUUUGUACCUUCAAUGCCCUUAUUAAGAUGCAUGGCAACCGAGGAAAGUUUGCCGAAAUGAGGAAAGUUUUUGACGAGAUCAAGGUGUACAAUUGCUCCCCUGAUAUUGUUACUUGGAACACCCUUCUGGCCGUGUUUGGACAAAAUGGAAUGCACUCCCAGGUGUCUGGAAUAUUUAAAGAAAUGAAGAGAGCUAGUUUUGUGCCCGAGAGGGAUACUUUCAACACUCUGAUUAGUGCCUACAGCAGGUGUGGUUCCUUUGACCAGGCAAUGGCCGUUUACAAGAGCAUGCUCGAAGCUGGAGUGGUGCCGGAUCUUUCUACCUACAAUGCUGUUUUAGCAGCAUUGGCCCGAGGAGGGCUCUGGCAACAAUCUGAGAAAGUCCUUGCUGAAAUGAAGGACGGACGGUGUAAACCUAAUGAGAUGUCAUAUUCUUCUUUGCUUCAUGCUUAUACCAAUGGUAAGGAGAUUGAAAGGAUGAAUGCUCUUGCGGAGGAUAUAUACUCCGGCUCUAUUGAAACACAUCCCGUUCUUCUGAAGACCCUUGUUCUAGUAAACAGCAAGAGUGAUCUCCUGAUGGAUACAGAGCGUGCCUUUUUGGAAUUAAGGAGAAGAGGUAUUUCGCUUGACAUUACUACUCUUAAUGCAAUGCUUUCGAUAUAUGGGAGGAAGCAGAUGGUGGCCAAAGCCAACGAGAUUUUGAACUUCAUGCAUGACAGGGGAUUUUCUCCGAGUUUGACUACAUAUAAUAGUUUAAUGUAUAUGUACAGCCGUUCUGAAAACUUUCAAAAAUCAGAAGAAAUCUUGAGGGAAGUUCUGGAGAAAGGUACGAAACCUGAUAGAAUUUCAUACAAUACUGUUAUUUAUGCAUAUUGCAGAAAUGGUAGGAUGAAGGAGGCUUCGCGAAUAUUUUCUGAAAUGAAAGACUCUGCACUUAUUCCUGAUGUUGUAACUUACAACACAUUUAUUGCAACUUAUGCCGGCGACUCGAUGUUUGCUGAAGCUAUUGAUGUAGUUCGAUACAUGAUCAAGCAGGGAUGUAAACCAGACCAGAAUACUUAUAACUCCAUUGUUGAUUGGUAUUGUAAGCUCAACCGUCGGGAUGAGGCCAACAGUUUUGUUAAAAGCCUUCGCAAUCUUGACCCACAUGUUUCCAAGGAGGAGGAAAAUAGGUUACUUGAGAGAAUAGUAAAAAUGUGGCCAUAAGUUUUUUCACGAUUCUGCUAUACUGGAACU